AGCCCGACUUGACUGCCCGGAGCGCUUCCAGUUUUGACACCGGCCGGCGACGGGAAAUCGGCCUCGCCAAUCUCGCCGGCUUCCCUCCGUCCCUGCCCAACUGCGGCUGCGGCGUCAGAUCGCGCACCGAGAAGAGUUGAUCUGCCGGCGCUGAUCUGCUCUGCUCGGUGGAGACGAUGGAGAAGGGAGGCGAGGCGGGCGGCGGCAGGCCGGAGUACAGCAUCAUCGUGCCCACCUACAACGAGCGCCUCAACGUCGCCCUCAUCGUCUACCUCAUCUUCAAGCACCUCCCGGAGGCCAAGUUCGAAAUCAUUAUUGUGGAUGAUGGAAGCCCCGAUGGAACACAAGACAUUGUAAAGCAGUUGCAGCAAGUAUAUGGUGAAGAUCGUGUUCUUCUGCGAGCUAGACCAAGGAAGCUAGGACUUGGUACUGCAUAUAUGCAUGGAUUAAAGCAUGCCUCAGGGGAGUUCGUUGUUAUAAUGGAUGCAGAUCUAUCUCAUCAUCCAAAGUAUUUGCCAAGCUUCAUCAGGAAGCAAAAGGAAACCGGUGCUGACAUUGUAACUGGCACGCGUUAUGUUAGCAAUGGUGGUGUCCAUGGUUGGAAUCUUAUGCGUAAGCUGACCAGCAGGGGAGCAAAUGUUCUGGCACAGACGUUACUACGCCCCGGAGCUUCUGAUCUGACUGGGUCGUUUAGGCUAUAUAAGCUAAGUGUUUUGGAGGAUGUCAUCUCCUCCUGCGUCAGCAAGGGCUAUGUAUUCCAAAUGGAGAUGAUUGUCAGGGCUACUAGGAAAGGUUAUCACAUCGAAGAGGUCCCAAUCACUUUCGUCGACAGGGUCUUUGGAAUCUCAAAGCUCGGGGGAUCCGAAAUUGUUGGAUAUUUGAAAGGCCUUGUGUAUCUGUUGCUCACAACUUAGGGGAAAAGACACGGUAGAUGCAUGACUGUUAUAGCACAAACUCUUGUUAAGAAUGAUUUUUCUUAUGUUCAGCUUGAGUUGCAUAAAAUUGCUAACAUUUUCAGACUUCCAAUUGAAUCCUGUACACAAGUUUUGAUCUGCUAGUACCCUUAUGAA